AUGUUAUUAUCGUUUAAAACUUUUCUAUCUCCAGUGAGUCCUUGUAUUUGCAAUAAUUCGGCCGUUUCAAUGAAGCUGCUAGUUGGAAUUAAGGACACCAAUGAUCAUCUAGUCUCCAUCACACUGACGACAUUAGCUUUGCUUGUACCAAUUUUAGGUUCCGAAACUGUAGUCGGAGGCAAACGGGCGAAACUAUUUAAUGAUGGUCGACCCACGCAUUCAUUUCGAAUAUCAUCAAAAAAAGUACAAACGGAAAUCUUCGAAAACUCAUCCACUUCAGUCCAGAUACCACAAGAGGCCGAUCAGAUAAGUUUUAGUGGUCUAGAAAAUGAACUUAAUAUUGUUAGUGAAUUACCUGAGAGACCAAGACCUGAUGGUGAAGAAGGUGAAACAUCAACCGAAGAAGUAGAACCUUCGGCAGAUGAAGAUUUAGAUAAUUGGGAAGAUUGGGAUUUAAAUGAAACUCGCCAAACCUCAACUAUUCAUACAUCAACAUAUAGAGACAAUCGUGUUGAGGAUCUCAUGCUUAUUGAUGAAUCAAGCACGAACAUAGAAACAUCCCAGAAUAAAAUAAAAAUUCCAGAUAUUUUCGAACUAGAUAUAAAAACUCAGUCUGUGAUUAACGAGCAAAAUGAUAUCAAUUUCUUUCAAGAUAUGGAGCCAGUGAUAGAAAGUUCUAAUAAGUUUAUUGUGGAUGAGAGCAAGAAUGAGAUUAUAAUAGCAAAUAAUUUAAGUAGUAAACUUGCUGUGAGCGGUCUUAAUGAUGAAAAUAAUGCAGGGUGGGAAGAAGAAGACUGGGAUUAA